AUGUCCUGCAUGUCGGCAAAACACUCUGCCAGGCCCAUCCUAAGCCAUGGCUUGAGGCGCCAACUGGCUGGGUCCACCCCCCGGAUCGGCCGCGGUUUCUCGAUGACAAGCACCCGGCGGAGUACGCAGAGCGGCAAUUCUGAGGGUACAAGUUCCGCAUCACAGUCCGGUUGGAACGGAAAGUCGGUUUGGGGCGUUGCUUUGGCUGCCGGUACUAUUGGUUGGGGUCUUGCUAGCUCAAGAAGGGACAAUUCCUUAGGGUCUGGGUUUCUUCCAUCUAUCGGUAGCUCGCUGCCUCUUGGCAGCGUUGGUCCAGUCAAAUAUGCAAGCAUGUCCGAAAUGGAACAGGCGCUGAAGGAAAUUCGGCAAGAGUUGGACAGCGACGACAUUAUUUCAACAGAUCCAGAGGACUUACAUGCCCACGGCUACUCUGAAUGGUCAACAGUCAACCCUGAAAACCUUCCUGUGGCUGUCGCAUACCCUCGAUCGACUGAACAGGUAUCAACCAUCGCUCGGGUGUGCUUCAAGUACAACAUCCCCAUCAUCCCUUACUCGGGUGGUUCUAGUUUGGAAGGCAACUUUUCUGCCCCUUAUGGAGGAAUCAGUGUCGAUUUCGCGUUCAUGGAUCAGAUCAUUUCUUUCAACAAGGAGGACAUGGACAUUGUCGUGCAACCUAGCAUCGGGUGGCAGGACUUGAAUGAGAAGCUGGCAAAGAUGGAGAGCGGUCUUUUCUUUCCCAUCGACCCGGGCCCGAGUGCGAAGAUUGGUGGAAUGAUUGGUACUAACUGUUCAGGAACCAACGCUGUCAGAUACGGAACCAUGAAAGAUUGGGUUAUCAACCUAACUGUUGUUCUCUCUGAUGGUACUGUGGUCAAGACCCGCAGACGUCCACGCAAGUCCUCCGCUGGUUAUAAUCUCAACGGUUUAUUCGUUGGAUCUGAGGGAACCCUUGGUAUCGUUACCGAAGCAACUCUCAAACUCACAGUGGUUCCUGAGGACUUCUCUGUUGCGGUCGUCACCUUCCCAAGCAUUCGGGAUGCGGCGGCUGCUGCAGCCGAGGUGAUGCGAAACGGCAUCCCCGUAGCUGCGAUGGAAAUUAUGGAUGAAGUCCAGAUGAAGGUUGUUAACAUUGGUGGUGCAACGGCCCCUCGGGUAUGGGACGAACUCCCGACCCUUUUCUUCAAGUUCUCCGGUACCAAGGCUGGCGUCAAGGAGAACAUUGGCCUUGUCCAGAAAAUCACCAAGAACCACAAGGCCGGGAAGUUUGAGUUCGCCAAGGACGCGAGGGAGCAGAAGCUACUCUGGUCUGCUAGGAAAGAGUCGUUGUGGUCGAUGUUGGCACUUCGGAAAGAUGGAGAAGAAGUUUGGAGCACGGAUGUUGCAGUGCCCUUCAGUCGACUAGCCGACCUUAUUGAGGUGAGCAAGAAGGAGAUGGACGACAUGGGACUGUUUGCCAGUAUUCUGGGCCACAUUGGCGAUGGCAACUUCCACGAAAGCAUCAUUUAUAACCGAACGAUCCCCGAAGAAAGGGAAAAGGUUGAGAAGUGUGUUAAAAACAUGGUCAAGCGCGCAAUCGAGAUGGAGGGAACGUGCACUGGCGAGCAUUCGAUCGGCUGGGGCAAAAAGGAAUCGCUUCUACUCGAGGUCGGCCCAGACACACUCGACGUUAUGAAGUCGAUCAAGAAGGCGCUCGAUCCAAAAUGGAUCAUGAACCCAGGAAAGAUCAUGGAUAUUCCCGAGGGAUCGCGGACAAACUAA